AGAAGGCAAAGCACUCCCCCCACCAAGAACAAUUUGAAAACCCACCCCAUCAUAUUUAAAAUCUGGGACAAAGAACCGUCGGGACGGAACUCCUUCCAUUGCAAAACCUCGGCGCGGCCUCGGGAGCGGCCCGGCGGCCCCGGCCCGAGACAGCCCUCCCCUUUCAAGAAGCGGAGGACAGGAUUGGGAUCCUUGAAACCCGAAACCCAGAAACAGCAUCGGAGCGGAAACCAGAGGGAAAACCUUGAACUCCUCCAGACAAUUGCUUCCGGGGAGUUGCGAGGGAGCGAGGGGGAAUAAAGGACCCGCGAGGAGGGGCCCGCGGAUGGCGCGUCCCUGAGGGUCGCGGCGAGUUCGCGGAGCGUGGGAAGGAGCGGACCCUGCUCUCCCCGGGCUGCGGGCCAUGGCCACGGCGGAGCGGAGAGCCCUCGGCAUCGGCUUCCAGUGGCUCUCUUUGGCCACUCUGGUGCUCAUCUGCGCCGGGCAAGGGGGACGCCGGGAGGAUGGGGGUCCAGCCUGCUACGGCGGAUUUGACCUGUACUUCAUUUUGGACAAAUCAGGAAGUGUGCUGCACCACUGGAACGAAAUCUAUUACUUUGUGGAACAGUUGGCUCAUAAAUUCAUCAGCCCACAGUUGAGAAUGUCCUUUAUUGUCUUCUCCACCCGAGGAACAACUUUAAUGAAACUGACAGAAGACAGAGAACAAAUCCGUCAAGGCCUAGAAGAACUCCAGAAAGUUCUGCCAGGAGGAGACACUUACAUGCAUGAAGGAUUUGAAAGGGCCAGUGAGCAGAUUUAUUAUGAAAACAGACAAGGAUACAGGACAGCCAGCGUCAUCAUUGCCUUGACUGAUGGAGAACUGCAUGAAGAUCUCUUUUUCUAUUCAGAGAGGGAGGCUAAUAGGUCUCGAGAUCUUGGUGCAAUUGUUUACUGUGUUGGUGUGAAAGAUUUCAAUGAGACACAGCUGGCCCGGAUUGCGGACAGUAAGGAUCAUGUGUUUCCUGUGAAUGACGGCUUUCAGGCUCUGCAAGGCAUCAUCCACUCAAUUUUGAAGAAGUCCUGCAUCGAAAUUCUAGCAGCUGAACCAUCCACCAUAUGUGCAGGAGAGUCAUUUCAAGUUGUCGUGAGAGGAAAUGGCUUCCGACAUGCCCGCAACGUGGACAGGGUCCUCUGCAGCUUCAAGAUCAAUGACUCGGUCACACUCAAUGAGAAGCCCUUUUCUGUGGAAGAUACUUAUUUACUGUGUCCAGCGCCUAUCUUAAAAGAAGUUGGCAUGAAAGCUGCACUCCAGGUCAGCAUGAACGAUGGCCUCUCUUUUAUCUCCAGUUCUGUCAUCAUCACCACCACACACUGUUCUGACGGCUCCAUCCUGGCCAUCGCCCUGCUGAUCCUGUUCCUGCUCCUAGCCCUGGCUCUCCUCUGGUGGUUCUGGCCCCUCUGCUGCACCGUGAUUAUCAAGGAGGUCCCUCCACCCCCUGCUGAGGAGAGUGAGGAAGAAGAUGAUGAUGGUCUGCCUAAGAAAAAGUGGCCAACGGUAGAUGCCUCUUAUUAUGGUGGGAGAGGCGUUGGAGGCAUUAAAAGAAUGGAGGUUCGUUGGGGAGAAAAGGGCUCCACAGAAGAAGGUGCUAAGUUGGAAAAGGCAAAGAAUGCAAGAGUCAAGAUGCCGGAGCAGGAAUAUGAAUUCCCUGAGCCACGAAAUCUCAACAACAAUAUGCGUCGGCCUUCUUCCCCACGCAAGUGGUACUCUCCGAUCAAGGGAAAACUCGAUGCCUUGUGGGUCCUACUGAGGAAAGGAUAUGAUCGUGUGUCUGUGAUGCGUCCACAGCCAGGAGACACGGGGCGCUGCAUCAACUUCACCAGGGUCAAGAACAACCAGCCGGCCAAGUACCCGCUCAACAACGCCUACCACACCUCCUCGCCACCUCCUGCCCCCAUCUACACCCCCCCACCUCCUGCGCCCCACUGCCCUCCCCCGCCCCCCAGCGCCCCCACCCCUCCCAUCCCGUCCCCACCUUCCACCCUUCCCCCUCCUCCCCAGGCUCCACCUCCCAACAGGGCACCUCCUCCCUCCCGCCCUCCUCCAAGACCUUCUGUCUAGAGCCCAAAGUUCCUGCUCUGGGCUCUCUCAGAAACUUCAGGAGGUGUUAGAACAAGUCUUUCCAGUUAGAGAAGAGGAGUGGUGAUAAAGCCCACUGAUCUUCACACAUUGCUAAAAAUUGGUUGGCAAUGCCAGUAUACCAACAAUCACGAUCCACGGAAAGAAACAGAUAUUUUAAAUUGCCAGAAAACAAAUGAUGAGGCAACUACAGUCACAUUUAUAGCCAGCCAUCUAUCACCUCUAGAAGGUUCCAGAGACAGCGAAACUGCAAGAUGCUCUCAACAGGAUUAUGUCUCAUGGAGACCAGUAAGAAAAUCAUUUAUCUGAGGGUGAAACACAGAGUUGGAUAAGAAAUACAUUGCUGGGUUUCUAAAAUGCUGCCCUCCUGCCUGUACUCCACCUCCAUCCCUGGACUUUGGGCCCUUGGCCUAGGAGCCGAAGGACCCUCACCCCUGUGCACCACCCAGGAAAGAGGAAAUCUUUGCCUACAACUUUGGAAAUACUGGGGUCCCUGGUGUGGUAAGGAACUCAACAUCAGACAGGUAUGCAAAAGGAUGUUCUCCUGGGGUUUGCAGGUAUAUACAAAUAUAUGCCAUCUUUUCCUUGCAAAUUCUUCGUUUCCAAGUGAGAAAGGGAGCAGGUGUUUACUGAUGGAAAAGGUAUGUUGCUAUGUUGAUGUGUAAGUGAAAUCAGUUGUGUGCAAUUGACAGGGGCGUAUUGAUGGGAGCAUCAGCCAGUUUCUAAAAUCCACAGGCCAUCAGCAGCUAGAGGUGGCUGGCUUUGGCCAGACAUGGUCCCUAAAUCAACAGACAAUGGCGUUGUCGAAGAGCAACCUGUUAAUGAUUCAUGUGAAAAAUCAAGAUUUGACUUCAGUUUAAAUCACUUGAGGUAUGAAGUUUAUCCUGUUUUCCAGAGAUAAACAUGAGUUGAUCUUCCCAAAAUACCAUCAUUAGGACCUAUCACACAAUAUCACUAGUUUCUUUUUUUUUUUUUCUUGGUAAAGCUAGCACCAGAGACUUCUGGGUAGAGCUGAGAGACUAUGGUCCUGACAUAAUAAGGAUCUUUGAUUAACCCCCAUAAGGGAUGUGUGUGUAUACAAAUAUAUUUCUCUUUGGCUUUUCAACAUAGAACAUCAGCUGUUAACCAAGGGGAAAUACAUCAGAUCUGCAACACAGAAGUGCUCUGCCUGAAAAAUCCACCAUGCCUGGGACUCGCCCCAUUUCUCCAGGUCUUUCUGGAUCUGUUUAAUCAGUAAGCCCUAUAAUCACUUGGUAAACACUGGGCUUCAUCACCCAGGGGUAAAAACAGAGCUCCUUGUCGUGGGCCUCCUGCAUCAGCCUGUUCAAAAUUAUCUCCCUCCACAAGUCCUAAACUUCCUGUCCCAAGCCCCCCAAAUUCUCAAAUCUUUUCUGGAACAAAGCAGAAUAUAAAAUAAAUAUCAAUUUAAUGGCUUGGGCUAUGGUCUCCAAAGAUCCUUCAAGAAUAUAUCAAGCCAGCUUCAUUUGCUCACUUUACUUAGAAAAGAGAUAUAAGGGCCUGGGAUGCAUUUAUUUUAUCAAUACCAAUUUUUGUGGCCAUGGCAGACAUUGCUAAUCAAUUACAGAACUACUUCCUAUUAAGCCCACUGAUUUCUUCACAAUCCUUCUCAAAUUACAACUCCAAAGAGCUGCCACUGAACAGUCAGGUGAACCCAACAGUCAGAUGAGAGAAAUGAACCCUACUUGCUAUCUGUAUCUUAGAAAGCAAAAACAAACAGGAGUUUCCAGGGAGAAUGGGAAAGCCAGGGAGCAUAAAAGGUACAGUCGGGGAAAAUAGAUCUAGGCAGAGUGCCUUAGUCAGGGACCACGGGCGCUGAAUCUGCAGUGCCAACGCCAAACUAACGCAUCUCCAAGUGUACCUCCAACCCUAGCCUUCUCCCACAGCUGCCUACAACAGAGUCUCCCAGCCUUCUCAGAGAGCUAAAACCAGAGAUUUCCAGACUCAUGAAAGCAACCCCCCAGCCUCUCCCCAACCCUGCCGCAUUGUCUAUUUUUUUUAGAGCACUAGGCUUCUUCUUUCAUGUAGUUCCUCAUAAGCAGGGGCCAGAAUAUCUCAGCCACCUGCAGUGACAUUGCUGGGCCCCUGAAAACCAUUCCGCAGGAGAAUGGGUUCCCCAGGCUCACAGUGUAGAGACGUUGAGCCCAUCACAACUGUUUUGACUGCUGGCAGUCUAAAACAGUCCACCCACCCCAUGGCACUGCCGCGUGAUUCCCGUGGCCAUUCAGAAGUUCAAGCCAAGAUGCUGACGUUGCUGAGCAACGAGAUGGUGAGCAUCAGUGCAAAUGCACCAUUCAGCACAUCAGUCAUAUGCCCAGUGCAGUUACAAGAUGUUUUGGCAAAGCAUUUGAUGGAAUAGGGAACUGCAAAUGUAUGAUGAUUUUGAAAAGGCUCCGCAGGAUUUGUUCUUAAAACCGACUCAGUGUGUCAUCCCGGGUUAUUUAGAAUUACAGUUAAGAAGGAGAAACUUCUAUAGACUGUAUGAACAAGGUGAUAUCUUCAUAGUGGGCUAUUACAGGCAGGAGAAUGUUUUAACUGGUUUACAAAAUCCAUCAAUACUUGUGUCAUUCCCUGUAAAAGGAGACGUGAUUAUGAUCAGGAAACUGCACAAAAUUAUUGUUUUCAGCCCCCGUGUUAUUGUCCUUUUGAACAGUUUUUUUUUAUUAAAGCCAAAUUUGUGUUGUAUAUAUUCGUAUUCCAUGUGUUAGAUGGAAGCAUUUCCUAUCCAGUGUGAAUAAAAAGAACAGUUGUAGUAAAUUAUUAUAAAGCCGAUGAUAUUUCAUGGCAGGUUAUUCUACCAAGCUGUGCUUGUUGGUUUUUCCCAUGACUGUAUUGCUUUUAUAAAUGUACAAAUAGUUACCGAAAUGACGAGACCCUUGUUUGCACAGCAUUAAUAAGAACCUUGAUAAGGACCAUAGUCUGUUGACAGUCAGCUCACAGUUUCUUGCCUGAAGCUUGGUGCACCCUCCAGUGAGACACAAGAUCUCUCUUUUACCAAAGUUAAGAACAGAGCUGGUGGAUUAAUUAAUAGUCUUGGAUAUCUGGCCAUGGGUAACCUCAUUGUAGCUAUCAUUAGAAUGGGCAGAGAUGAUCUUGAAGUGUCACAUACACUAAAGUCCAAACACUAUGUCAGAUGGGAGUAAAAUCCAUUAAAGAACUAGAAAAAAAUAAUUAUAAGAUGAUAAGCAAAUGUUUCAGCCCAGUGUCAAUUCAGUGAAAAAAAUUAAUGCUGUGUAAAAUGGGUUGAAUUAGUUUGCAAACUAUAUAAAGAUAUAUGCAGUAAAAAGUCUGUUAAUGCACAUCCUGUGGGAAUGGAGUGUUCUAACCAAUUGCCUUUUCUUGUUAUCUGAGCUCUCCUGUAUUAUCAUACUCAGAUAACCAAAUUAAAAGAAUUAGAAUAUGAUUUUUAAUACACUUAACAUUAAACUCUUCUAACUCUUUCUUCUUUCUGUGAUAAUUCAGAAGAUAGUUAUGGAUCUUCAAUGCCUCUGAGUCCUUAUUAUAAAAAAUCAGUUAUCACUAUACCAUGCUAUAGGAGACUGGGCGAAACCUGUACAAUGACAACCCUGGAAGUUGCUUUUUUAAAAAAAAUAAUAAAUUUCUUAAAUCAACU